CACGCAGACACAGCAACCAGCCCAGCCCAAUAAUUAGGAAAUGGCGGACGACAGGGAGGCCUUCAUGUACGCGUUGCAGCUCUCAUUGGCGCCUAUCGUGCCAAUGACACUCAAGAGCGCGGUGGAGCUGGGCAUGCUAGAGAUCCUUGUCGGCGCCGGUGGGAAGAUGCUGUCGCCGUGGGAGGUGGCCGCGCAGCUGCCGUCGGCUAACCCGUGCGCCCCGGCUACGCUGGACCGCAUGCUGCGGCUGCUGGCGUCGUACAACAUCGUGUCAUGCGAAGUGCAGCAAGGCAAGGACGGCCUGCUUGCCCGCCGGUACGGCGCCGCACCGGUGUGCAAGUGGCUCACCCCUGACAAGGACGGCGCUUCCCUAGGCCCGCUCGUCCUCCUGAACGACAAGAUCCUUAUGGAGACCUGGUAUCAUCUCAAGGACACGGUCCUGGACGGUGGCCAACCCUUCGACAGGGCAUACGGAAUGACGCUGUUCGAUUACCAGGCCGUGGAUCCGCGAUUCAACGGCGUGUUUAAUGUGGCCAUGAAAAGCCACUCCACCUUCAUCAUCAGGAACCUCCUCCAGUUCUACAGGGGCUUUGAUGAUGAUGCCGUCAGUACACUUGUCGAUGUCGGUGGCGGCCUCGGCGCCACCCUCCACGCCAUCACUUCCAGGUACCCGCACAUCAAGGGGGUAAACUUCGACCUCCCCCACGUCAUCUCCCAAGCGCCUUCUUUCACACGCGUGCAGCAUGUGAGCGGCGACAUGUUCGACAAGGUGCCCUCUGGGGACGCCAUCCUCAUGAAGUGGAUACUCCAUGAUUGGACCGACGAGCACUGCACCAAGCUUCUGAGGAACUGCUACGAUGCACUGCCUGGGCACGGCAAGGUGGUCGUCGUGGACUGCGUCCUGCCGGACAAACCGGAUGACACGCCCGAGGUGAAGACGAUGUUCGAGCUGGAUAUUCUCAUGCUCAUGCAGACGCCCGGCGGCAAGGAGAGGUGUCUGAAGGAGUUCCAAGAGCUGGCCAGGACCGCCGGUUUUGUCAGCGUCAACGCCACCCACAUCUGCAGCAGCGCCUGGGUCGUUGAGCUGAUGAAGUAAAUCUUCGUCGGUGCUUUCGAGCUUCCUUGCUUUCUCUCGAUCGUUUCAGCGUGUGUCAUGUCUUUUUUUUUUGAAUAACGUGUCUGCCUGCUCGCUCUCUUAAUACCCGUUGCAUAAUUUUUUCUGUCGUGGUUUUAGUUAUAAUUUUAACUAAAGUCAUGACAAGAAUUAUGAAAUGGAGGAGUUAUUAUGUUGA